GCGGUGCGAGCAGCCGCUCGCGUGCUGGGCGACGCGGGCCUGGCGCUGCGGAGGGGCUCGGCCGCGCAGCUCGCGGCCAUGCGGGAGGCUGGCGAGGUGCCGGCGUGGGCAGAGGCCGGCAUCCUCGAGGCCUGCGGCGGCUUCGCCGAGGUGCUGGCCACCGCCGCCGCAGCGCUGGGGGGCAGCCGCCUCUGCCAGGCGCUCGAGGAGCUCCGGAUGCUCGCGGAGAAGGUUGGACCAGGCGCGCUGGGGGAUUUGGUGGACGCGGACAACCAGGAGAUGAG